ACUUUUUGAUGUAUAUCAAUGUCUGUGCUCAAUGUCAAUAAGAUCGGCUUUUUGUAUUAGUUUCAUUAGUUUAUUAUAUUUUUGUCACAGAAAAACAAGCAAAGCACAAUAAAAAGUAACAUGGAGGUAUUGCAGCAGAAUGUGAAGAAUAUUAAAAUUCCAACCCAGUUGGACAAAGUGUAUAAAGAUGAAUGCGUUUAUUCCUUCGAUAAUCCUGAAACCAAUACUGGUUUAUAUGUGAGCUUAACUAGUUUCAUUGGGCUUGGCAAAGAUCAUGUCGAAAGGCAUUUUCUUCGGACUCAAGAGGCCGUGUAUUUACAUUUAAGGCGAGAGCGUCAUGAGGUCUCAUCACCACCACAGGGAGAUGGCCCUGAGAAAAAAAUUACUCGAUUGGCAAUUGGAGUGGAAGGGGGAUUCGAUCCAGAAUCUGGAGCUAAAAAAUUCGAAUUUGAAGAUUUUUAUGAAAUCAUUGUUCUUCCUGGAUUCGUUGCGAUUGACUGGCCCAAUGAAAACCUGCCAGAAGUUGUGAAACUCUCAGUACAAGCUCUGCUUGAUUUGCCUUCAGCAAGUAAAUUGGCAGAAUUGGAAGCGCUGAGUGGAACAUGGGAUGGUGAGUCCAGACAGGUAUCCAAACAUGCCCAUAAUCUUUUGCAGUUGGACAAUGGGAAAAAAAUCCCCCCAACAGGCUGGAAAUGUGAAAAAUGUGAUAAAACGGAAAAUUUGUGGCUGAACCUGAGUGAUGGCUCAGUCUUAUGUGGCAGGAAAUUCUUUGAUGGUUCUGGAGGAAAUAACCAUGCUGCCGAGCAUUACAAUGCAUCGAAAUGUCCUCUCGCGGUGAAAUUAGGCACCAUUACGAAAGAUGGAAAAGCGGAUGUGUUCAGUUACAGUGAAGACGAUAUGGUAGAAGACCCGUUAUUAGCCCAACAUCUACAGCAUUGGGGCAUCAACAUUUCCGAUCUGGAGAAAACCGAGAAGUCAAUGGUUGAACUGGAACUGGAAUUAAAUCAGAAGACCAACGAGUGGUCGAUGUUAUGUGAAAGUCAUGGCUCAUUGAAACCUAUUUACGGCCCUGGUUUUACUGGCAUGCAAAACAUGGGAAAUUCCUGCUAUCUUAAUAGUUUGAUGCAGGUUCUAUUCCGGAUUCCAGACUUCAUCAAAAGAUACUAUGAAGGUAGCGAUGGAAUAUUUCAGCAGCCAACCUCUGACCCUGCCGAAGACUUCAGCAUUCAAAUGGCAAAGUUAGGCGUAGGUUUGCUGUCUGGAAAGUAUUCAGUGCCUCCGCCAGCAGGAUCUCCUGUAGAUGCCGAUCCACCAGGCAUAACUCCCUUAAUGUUUAAAACUCUCAUUGGGAAAGGACACCCGGAAUUUUCUACUAAAAAGCAACAGGAUGUUCAAGAAUUCCUACUUCACAUACUCACGCUGCUCGAACGCUAUAAUAAAGACAAAGUAAAUCCUGGAGAAUGUUUCAAAUUCGAAGUGGAAGAGCGAUUUCAAUGCGGUCAGAGCAAAAAAGUGAAAUACCUAACCCGUAGCGAAGUGUGCUUGGGGCUGAAUAUUCCCAUGGAGGCUGCAGUCAAUAAAGAGGAGGUAGCAGCUUAUGAAGCACGGAAACAGGAAUUGGAAGUUCAGGGCAAGAAACCUGACCCGGAAUCCAUUGUCAGACCGAAAAUUAAUUUCCAUUCUUGCAUUGAAUCGUUUGUGCAAUCGGAAGUUAUUAACAACUUUUUCAGUUCCGCGGUCAAUGGCAAUGUAACAGCUCGAAAAACGACAAGAUUGGCAACGUUUCCCGAUUACCUGGCGAUACAGUUAAAAAAAUUCACACUAAAGGAAGACUGGGUGCCGAUUAAACUAGAUGUAUUAAUAGAUAUGCCCGAUGUUAUUGAUAUAUCAACGUUGCGUGGAAGUGGUAUUCAACCAGCGGAGGAACUUUUACCCGAACUGGAGGUGCCUCCACCAGCGCCCAAAUUUGACGAAGCAGUACUGGUACAGCUUCAAGAAAUGGGUUUCCCGGCCGAAUCAUGCAAACGUGCAUUAUAUCAAACUGGAAACUCUGGGAUCGAAGCAGCAACCGCUUGGUUGAUGGAACACAUUACCGACUCUGACUUUAGCCAUCCGUUUGUUCUUCCCGGGACAGAGUCUUGUGCAUCCGCUUUCAUACCAGACCCUGAAGCGUUGCAAAAUAUCAUUUUAAUGGGUUUCACUGCCGAGCUGGCUGCUAAAGCUUUGAAAAACACCGACAACAACGUGCAAAGAGCCAUGGAUUGGAUCUUUUCCCAUGCAGAUGAUAUGGAGACGGAUGAGAGCGUGGCGUCUGCUAAUCCGAACCCUCAACCGAAGUUUAGGGAUGGAAAUAGUAAAUACAAGUUGAUAGCCUUCAUUUCUCACAUGGGCACCUCGGCCUCUAUGGGUCACUAUGUGGCUCAUAUACUAAAAGAUGGCCAAUGGGUGAUUUUCAACGACAGCAAAGUGGCUCUUUCGGAGAAUCCCCCUAAAGAUUUGGGCUAUCUCUACGUCUAUGAGAGACUUUAAAAAGUCCGUAAGUCAAAAUAGAUUAAUUGUACGUUGAAAUUACAAUAUUGGUUUUUUUGCGUUGUAAAAUGCGGCCUUUAUAAAAUCAACUGCAUUUUAAAGCAGUUGAUAUUAUAUGGAACUGGCUUUAUGUGUUUACUGUUUAAUAGCUCCUGACUAGCGUGAUAGUCAUUAAUUGAGCUCUUGUCAUUUUCUAAAUAUACGUUUUUGAUACGCAGUGUA